CACAAUCAAAACAAAAUAAAACACGCAGAGCAGUACUAGCUUUUAUAUGGCCGCAAGAGUACGCGUAAACACGCAAAGUUACGUGGACGCGGUGCGGCGCGGCGAGCGGCGCCACGUGACGCGGCCGGCCAAUGGCGCAGCGCGCGCGCCGCCCGCGCAGUCGCGCCCGCGCCAGCCAUGGCGGCCGCCGGCCUGCCCGACGUCGACGCGCUGUUCUCUCAAAUAAAGACGCGCUCCGUCGAGAAAACGCUACUCCCACUCGUCAAGCAGAUCAGCAGUUUGGUGGCGGCGCGCGGCGAGGCGGCGGCGGGCGGCGCGGCCGUGCAGCGCGUGGGCGCCGCCGUGUGCUGCGCCGUCGAGCGCUUCGUGGCCGUGGGCGAGACCAUCGCGGACGACAACCCCGACGUGCGCCACAGCAUGGUGCUCGCCUGCAAGGAAGCUAGAGCUGCAGGUCGUGCGAUAGAACGCGUGUGCGCAGGCACUGACGGUGCGGGGGCCGGCAUGGUGUCCGCGGCGCGCGCGCUGCUCGCCUCCGUCACCAGGGUGCUGCUGCUGGCGGACAUGGUGGUGGUGCGCCAAUUGCUGCUCGCCAAGGACAAGGUGGCGCGUUCAUUAGAUCGCUUAGAAUCGGUGUCCAACUUUGCGGAAUUCGUGCGAGCUUUCACGGAGUUCGGGGGAGGAAUGGUGGAGCUUGCGCGGCUGACGGCGGAACGACGCGCGGACCUGCGAGACGAGAGAAGAAGAGCACAAGUCGCUGCUGCGAGAAAUGUCCUCGAGCGAUCAACUCUAAUGCUUCUAACCUCGUCAAAGACAUGUUUGCGGCAUCCAGGCAGCGCGUCCGCGAGGGAAAACAGGGACACGGUGUUCUGUCAGAUGCGUCGUGCUAUGGACCUCAUACACUACGUCGUCCGAGACGGGCUGCCGGGUCACGAGGAGCAGUCACAUGAGGCUGCACAAUGGGAGGCUGGCACGGCGUUAGGCGCGCUGCGUGGUUUGUCGACGCAAGUUCGGGCAGCGCGCGCCAGAGGGGGCGCCGACUCGGCGAGGAGAAGAGCCCUAGCCGCGACCCUCCGGGCCCUCGUAGAGAGGACACACGACUUCACAGAUUCCGCCUACACGUCGCACGAACACAGACAACGGAUACUAUCGCUGGCUGAACGAAUAGCCUACGAGCUGGAAAGAUUAGUAGCGGUUGCCGUGUCCUUAGAGGAACAAACUGGCAACAGCAGUGGGGCGGCACUAGAGAGUGCGUGUAAUGGAGCCACCAGUGCUGCUUCGGAACUAGAGCGAGCCCUGGUGGUCGCAGCGAGAGACCAGGCCAAAGACCUGGCGCCACUCGCUGAGGAAGCGAGGAAACUCGCUUCUGACCUUGCGCACAUAGGUAAUCGUCAACGCAAAAUAGCUAGUUCCUGCGGUGAGAGAGAAUCAGAGAGACUGCACAGUAUAGCGAGCCAACUUCACGAGCAAUUAGAUCAUAUCAUUGAGGUUUGCAAAUUGCUCAGGCAUAUAGCGAUGUCGGAGACGUUACAAGUGAGUGCGAAAUUUGCGGAAAUUAACUUGCGAAUAUAUGGACCGCAAGUGGUGACCGCCGCGCGGACGUUGGCGGCGCAUCCCAGCAGCGCGGCGGCGAGAGAAAACCUCGAUGUGUUCGUAGAUAUGUGGGCGUGGCUGCUGGCCGAUGCUGCGCGGCUCGCAAAGGAACUAUUAGAUUUAACGGACGAAAGGCCGGACAAACAACAGUAUAGUAGUUUACCUAGACCCGGAAAACACGGGACGACAACAAAGCCAUUAAAAGCUGUCCGAUUAGAUUCUGACGAGCAAGCGAAAAUUGCGAAGUCAGGAUUGGAAAUGAAAAUGAUGUCCUCUGAGAUGGACGCCGAGACUGAGAAGUGGCAGGGGGCCGACGAGAACAACGACAUUGUGAAGAGGGCGAAAAAUAUGUCUUCCAUGGCCUUCGCUAUGUACCAGUUCACAAAGGGUGAAGGUCGACUCAACACUACACAAGACCUCUUCACACAAGCGGAAUACUUUGCAGAAGAAGCCAAUAGACUGUAUAAAAUCGUCCGUCAAUUUUCCUAUCAGGUGCCUGCAGGGACGAUAAAAAAGGAGCUGUUAGAACAUUUAGACAAAGUGCCUACGUACGUACAGCAGCUUCAGUUUACCGUGAAGGAGCCGACUGUGGGACGAGCGGCGACCUUCAGCAAAGUUGAUAAUGUGAUCCAAGAAACCAAACACCUCAUGAAUGUCAUCAGCAAAGUCGUCACGACAUGCUUUGACUGCGCAAACAAGUACAAAUUGGACUUCACGGGCCUCUCAGCGGCGGGGGCGGGACGCGGGAGUGCUCGUGACGAGGAAGCGGCGGGCGGCGCGUGCGGGGACGCGAAGCCUGGAGGGAGCUCGUCCGAUACAGCCAUGUGACAGUACGGCAUGGGCCGGCGCGGCAAGGGCGACGCGCGUCGGACCAGGGUCAGCUUCCUCUUGUUUUAAGACAAACGUCUUGGAACAACUCGUCGCCGUCGUCGGUAGGGUGAGCGGUGAAUGUGACGUUCCUAUAUCUUGACAAACAAACUUUCCUCUUAUCCUAAUUAGUAAUAAAGUACACAUUGCGAUAACCGCGAAGUCAGACUGAGCUCUCUUCGUCAGCUGAAGUAUUUAAACGUUUGGUCUCACACGUCGCGAUAGCGCAAACAUUCGCGCUAUCGUGUUUUAUGCAGCCAGGACAUAAAAAAAUUGGAUUUCCACCAGAUAAAUUGUGAUAUAUUUUACACAUGUAGUAACACUGAGGAUGAAAUAUUCUUUUAAUAUACUCUAAGGUUACAAACUACUUCAAUUGACUAUUAGAUAUAAAUAAAUUAGAUAGUUCAAUCAUUAAUGUUCAAAACGCUCGCCUGGACUUAACUGAAUACAAGAUAUAAGCACGUCAUUUCACCUUUCGCCCUGGGCGCCACAAUAUAUUCUACGAAUUUAUAUCUUAUUCUUAUAACUAUUUACUCUUUUUUUAUAAAUAUUUUAGGUUUUUGGUAAGUAUUUUGUUAACCUAAUUUAAUAUAAUUUAUUUAAUAUUAAUUAUUUAAUUUAAAUUUUUGUUGUAAGUGAAACAUUGCCAGGAGGCAUGGUGUAACCUUACCACUUAAUAUUAUUUUUACUGUACCUCUAACUACCUAGUAAUUUUUAAUGUUAUUAUUUUUUUAAUUAUUUUAUUGGUAGAUAUGUAUACCUAUGGCGCCCCAACCGACCAAAUAUGGUUGCCAAUUAACCUAGUAAUUCACGAUUGAACUGCGAUUACUGGAUGAUUUGCAGCUAAAGUUAGUUUAAGAUGGAUAGUACGAUAUUGUAAUAAGUUUUAGAAGACCACUUGCGACACACAAAAAGCAAACUUUCUUUUUAUAUACAUAUGCGUGUAAACAACGCGUUUGGCUGUGGCUCUAAAGUACUAGGCAUUAUAUAAUAUAAAAAAUGAAUUCUCUUUAUCGUAAUCUGUUUAAGCUAGCUAAGAAAUUAAAUUAUUCUUACCGUUGAUGCAUUCACGAGACGAAUUUUUUCUUGUUAUUAUAUUGUGAUGACUAAGUAAAGAAAGAGUGAAAUCGUACAAUAAUAAAUACGAAACUUGUUACACUUUAAUAAUGUUACACAUUGUUACAAAAAAUACGUAAGCAAACUACACAAAGAAGCCUAUAUUUUAUGUUAUCCCAAGCCUGUAAAAUAUAUCCAAUAUAACAGUAUGUAUAUUUUGAUUAGUACCUAAGUACCUAGAGGCUAUAAUCCUCCCAGACGUAUAAUUAUUUUGUCGUUAUGUAAACUCUCGCACCCUGCACUUUCCGUGUCCUGUUUGCACACUAUUUAUGUUACCUUUGCACGUUCGCUUCCUUCUUUUAUUUCCGCAUUGGUGUUUAGAACUUCUACAUGCUGUUUCAGAACAUUCUACUUUCAUAUAUACACAUUUUAACCGUGCAUUCAAUGUUUUGCAUACCUACUUAAUAGAUGUUCUCCUUCAAUAACGAAAUAUGUAAAUACAACACUUGUGGGGGAGUUUUUGAUCCCCUGGUCAGUGACGGUCGAGUCAGUCAUUGCAUGAAAUCGUGAACGAUGAUAGAUGUGUGUUGCAUGUGUAUACGUGGUAAUCGUAAUGGAUGUCGUACUUCAUCUUUCCGACGGGAGGAUGUUUGGUAUUAAGAUGGGGGAACUUGACUCUGGUGGCUAUCCGCUCCCAUGUUGCCCGGAAACGUUCAGUGUUAUAUAGACACCAUGGUAUCGAAGCAAAGCCCAGUGACACUAUCGCAAACGGCCUCUUAUUGUCAAAGGUCAAAUAAAUUAUACCAUUAUUCAUAAAUAAUACUUUAAAAUCACACUGUCUAACUUUCAGAUCGUACAAAUUAUUAAUCUGCUUAAUGUGCGUUUGAAUGCACUUUACAUUUUACGGAUAUCUGUCUUAUCACUAUCACACUUAAAUUUUACUCUAAUAAACAUUUAUUUGACCUAUAAUUCAAUAUCUAAAAGAAGAGUAUCCGAGCUUUUUGCAGUGGCGCUAUCACAGAAUCACCUAUCUAAACGUUAGGCUGAUUCUACGAGUAAUAAUACGAGUGUAUCUACAUGAAUAGAUUCACAGAUACGUAGUAUAUAUUUACAUACGUACAUACAUUAACUUACGCAAUCCCUGUGAUAAGGCCACAUGCUAACGGCAAACUUUUGCACACUUUGCAUGCUACUGUGUGACUUGCGGCUGCUACGACUUGCUACGACUUGCUACGAGUGCUACGCCAACAUAUCGCUAGGCAUGUCACCCACAAAUAGCUGCAGUUAACUGUAACCACAAUGGCAAUAAAUAAACAUAUCAAUCAAUGUAAAUAAGCCGCUUCUAUUAUAAGCGACGAAUCGUUAUUUAGUGUUUAAGUGUUUCUUGUUUAAUGAAAUAACAUUAGGUUACUAACGAUUGUGCCUAGUUAAAUUGCACCAACGUGAAAUAAUAAAUAUUAGAUAUUUACAUUUGCCGAAUAAACGCGCAAUAAAAUUAAUACCCUCAUACGGUUCAAAUUUAAUAUUACACAUGUUAGUAGAGUAAAUAUUACAGAAAUUGUUUUACGAAGAAGUAAGUCUUAGAGGCAAAAGUUACAAACGAAUGAAGUAGCAAGGCAGUGACAAUCGAGCAAUCGCUAGUUUAGAAAUAUUGCGAAUAUACCUAUUGGCUCAUUACAAAGGCUAGCAAGCCCGGACGCAACGUUAUUUGUAACUUUAUUAAUUUAAUUGUAUAUACGGACGACAGACGUUGACAAAAAUGAAAUGCAGACCUAUAUAGGUUUGAAACCGGAAAAACUCAGGAGUCCUCUAGUGGAAAACUGAGAAUUCCGAAGUUCUAAAUAAAUUUUCAAGACUCACUAAAACCAGAUAAAUGCAGCUUCAGAAGCAGCAGAUAAUGCGUUUAUAUAUGUACUAAAUACGCAUAAUUAUCCAUUCUAAUAAUACACGAGUUGGUACGAUGACAUAUACGUUGGUACGAUACGAAAACAGUGCAGGAACAAAAUAUUAUAUCAAGGAAGUCUAAUCCGAUUGCAAUAUUUUUUUUAUAAUAUUGCAAGUUAGGUUACUUAAGUUCAUAGGUAUAGUCAAUAGACAUUAGUUUGUGAAUGAUACACUAUAUAAUAAAAUACCAGCGUGUGUGUGUGAUGUGUUUACUGUUUACCACUUGAAAAUGAUCUAGCGAUAGGCAAUAGAUUUGUGAUGUGAUGAUUCGCAGUAUGUUCAACUCGCUUCAUAUUUGUUGUUACUCCCCAAAUGGAUUUGUCUGCGGUUUGCAUUCGAUGUGCCCUAGCAUCUACGGUCUAUAUAACACUUUAUGUUUCAUAUUUUCGCUUAAUUAAAUGUUUAAUAAGUUAACCCUAAACACUCGCGAACUAAUUAAUAAAGAAAUUGCCGAUUUUAUUACGAUUUAUGUAUUUGUGUCGGCUAAACAAGUGAGUUGCGUGAGUGCUUAGAAGCACGAAAUAAUUAAAGUGAAUUGUUAUUACCUCUUGAGGUCACACUAAAGUGGCGGUAGGGAGUUUAACCAGACCGUCGAAAUUUAAUUUUACGUCUCAUGAGGUAAGAACAUCUCACUACAUAAAUAAGUUAAUAUAGGUGAACUUGUAAAAUUUCUUAUGAUAUUUUGUAAAUUGUUAUCUAAUAAUUACAUUUAAGUCGUAAUGUAAAUUCUUAUUUAUUAAGAUGUUUCAGUUUUUUUCUACUUGAAAUAGAUGAUUUAUCUAAUUCAAUAGGUAAUGUGACAUUUAUUUACGGUCGGUCCGUAUUUAUAAUUUGUUACGGGAAAUAUUACUAAGGCUUAAAUUACUAUUGAACAAUAUUCGAUUAAUUUAAAGAGCUUGAUAAAGCUUUAUUAUAAGAGUUGUGAAUCAAAACAUGUGGCCACGUAUUGAUAUAGACUCGAACAGUAACUAAGUAGUAUCUAAGUGCGAGUAGGUGUACCAGCUUUCAAAUAUAACGAAUGCCUACUAAUAUUAAUUAUAUAAGGAAAGCGUAAAUAAGUUGUUCAACUUUAAAGCAAAAAAUGUUAAUUUUUUUCUUGAAAUAAGGGCAACUAACAGUUAUUAUUAAUUACAAUUAUUAAAUCAAUAUAAUUUCAAAAAUCAUGCAACUUGUCGAUAAAAAUUUGCUACCUAAUUAGGUAAGUAAUGUUUAAACAAAAAAAAAAAUUUUUGCCUACGACGUAACUUAAAAUAUCAAAAUCAUUGUUUCUAUGUCGAUUCCUCAUAAAAACAAGGCAAUUAAAAAGAUGUUAAAUUGGAAGAUUUAAAGUAGAUAAUGUCCAAGUUAUAGUUUUUUAAUCGAAUCCGAAUAUCUAAAUCUAGUGUUCAGAUAAUAUAAAUAGAUAGGUUUUACUUAUAUGGAUGCUUUUUGCCCAUUUAUAUGCAAUUAAGCGUGCCGCAGUUAAGUAGCAAAAACUUAAGUGAUAAAUCACAUUAUACACAAUAUUAACAGUUUUUUGUAGGUUGAAAAUGACAUCAACUAUUGUAAUGUCAUUUAUCUACUCAAAUAAUAAUAAUGAUAGAUUGAAAGCCUGUGAUCGCCAGACCUUCGUGAUUUUAAUAAAGUUGAAAGUUUGUCAGGUGAUGCUCCUACCAUAGGUAGAUAAGUUCGCAAUUAUGGAGGUAGUGGUUUCUAGAAGUACCCAAUGGUGUGCCUAGGGUACUUAUGUUAUAUAAGGAAAAAUUGGAAAGUCCUUGUCCAACUAUGAAUUCUGUGGUUCAACAUAGGUUUGUAUCGAGACUAUAGGGUAGACAGUGAUUUCUUGCAUCUAUGAAAUGCACGCCACUGAAGGAUCAUGAAACUAGUCCCUCUUACAUAGACCGAUCAAACAUAAAGCAUAUUUUUUACUUAGUUACCUACUUAGCUUCGUGGCAACCUUUCAAAAAGCUGUUGAUUAAGCUUUAAAGAUGUCUACCGAACAGUUGCCAUGUAGCUACUCGUAAGUGUCUGGGGACUGGGGAAAUUAUUACCUAGGAUAUCUCGUAGGUAAUAUAAAAUGAGAGAUAAGGAAGUCACACAGAGUGGCGAGGUAACGCGUUACGUUACGAAGCGGUACCUACUCUCCCAUAAGAAGUUAUCACUUAAAAAACACGGGUUAUUAGGUAGAUGGUUGCAAGCCUGGCCAUUGAAAUCUGUUCCCAAGACGACGUUGCAAACAUUAUAGUCAUAGUUGCCUUCCAAGCAGCAUGACUUAACAAACUUUCAGCAUUUAUAAAAUGACGAAGGUCUAGCCGUGACAUGCUCUUAAACCAUGGAACAUGUCAUGUAUGCAAUAGCAGCCGUCGUGCCUCCUAACGUAGUUUAUUAAAUAAUAACUCAAAACAAAACUCAUCGCUGAAGGCAAUAACUAAUCGCACAUUAUUAUGAAUACGAUUUCAGAAUUUAUCUUUCAUCGAAUAAUAUAAAUCAUAAUUUUAAUACGUCAGUUACUUGGUACGUUAUACUUUUGAGGCACUGAAAGCACUGAAACAAUAAUAAAUUAAUAAGGUAAAUAAAAAUCAAUAAAUCUAUCAGUAAUCAGUUUAUUAGCAACAAUGACUUGAAAGUAUAUAACUAUACAGGUUGCUUGGGAGUAUUUCUUAUAACUUCAAGGUGUUAACAAGUCCACUUAUAGAAGCCGAACUGCAUAAGUAUUUUUUUUAACUAAAAAAAAAUUUUAUGUUUUCAUACAAGGUAACUCAAAUAAUUCCGACUAUCCAUGUAACACACGCCGUCUAUCCUUGCAUUUUAAAAUACGUAAUCGAAGUGGUAAGACUGUCAAUAUCGACAAGAUUGCAACUGGCACUCCGCACUUCACUAGUAAGCUUCAUGAUAUUUAUCAAGGAAUAUGUUUGGCUAGGUCAUAGUAUAAGGAUCCGAUAUAAGGGACAUAAUUUAAGAUCUAUUAACAAAAGAAAUAUUUUUACUCCAAAAAUAUUCAUUUUAGAACACAUGUUCCUUAGACAUUUUUAAUUAAUUUUCCUUAGAGAAUAUAACCCUAGAGUUAUGGGAAAUACUACAAUGGGAAAUACCCGAGCACCCUGUAUAUUAUGUAUUAAUUUUAUGAGCGGACAUACCCUUAGUUAGGUAUCUUGACAGUCUAUAUUACUAGAUAUUAGAUUCCUGACGUCCUGACAAGCUUUAGCGUUUUCUGUGUUCUGUGGUCCUGACCACGUAGAUACAGACCAAUCAUUAAUCUUAAAAAGAACUUUGAUUUUUUAUAUAAAAUUCAAUUCUCCUUUACCGUGUACGUAAUAAUACUGUACCUAUCCACAAAAGGUUUUUCGAAAAAAAAUAAUCUGUCAUCACGGUUUGAUUCCUAAGUGUGUGUACAAGUUAAAAUCUUUCAUCUGACAAGGGCAAGGUGUGUCUACACCAAUUUUUCUUCCUGUUUUUUUUUAACCAUGGAUGUCGAAAUAUGGUCUACAAAAGUAGUGUCUUGGAUUAGCAAUCAAUGGUAUAACAAAUUUUCUAAAACCUAAAUUUAGUAGAAAUUUAAAAAAAAUAACGAAGAAUCAGUCCUGCAACAAUGAGCUAUUUAACAUCAAACUCUAUAACUUGUAAUCUUUGUAGCUCUCAUAAGUUUAACGUACCAAUAUACUACUAUUAUUUCUUAAGGCUUCAAAAAUCUUAUAUUUACCUACUUAACCUACUAAAAAUAAUCUAUUUAAUCUAGAAUAGUUAUUUAAUUCAAUCUAAAAAUCGAUUUAACUAACGUUUAAAAUGUUUGACUUCCAGCGGGUCAAAGAUUAGAUAGACAACUAUAUUUUACUGAUUAGUCUAGUAACUAGAGAUACAGAGAUUUGUGAUAUUAAAAAAUACUUUUUUGAAAGUUAGUACAACGUCCUUAUGAUUUCAGAGUUAAUUAAUGUUAGAUACCUUAGUAGGACAAAAAAGAGAACACCAAUAAUAGUAACUAUUAAUGUUAAUACAUAGAUUUUACAUUUAGAAAGGCUUAGUUCGGGACAGGGUUGGCAUAAAGAUGGAUCUAUGAAAGGCAAGGAAACAAGCUAGUAAAUAAGAUAUACUUACUUUCUUCUGCUCACCGAGAUAAGUAAGGUUUUAAAUACUUACCUUUUGAGUCAAAAAUCCGUGCCCCGACAGUAACAUUCACUAGAUCCAAAAAAAUCUGUUUUUAAAAAUACCUUUUUAGGAAAACAAUAUUUAGUUUGUACGCCAUAUCUCCCAAUAAUAUCAAUAUUUAGGAUAUAGUUUAUUCUAGCAAUUCCGUUUAUUAUUUUAGAAACAGACACACAUCUAAUGGAUUAUAAAGAUGAACGAAUGAAGAACGCUCAACUUUUAUUUACGAGUAGGCAGUUCGAUACGAUUACAAUUUUUUUAACCAUCAUCAACCUUUAUAUGAAGUAUUGAGGAAGAGAGAAUUUAAAAUGGAUACGAGUAUAUACUGGUCCUAUCAUACAAACCACAGCGUUUAUAGCCGUACAAAAAUAUGCAAUCAAUAGGUAGGUAUCUAAUAUAUUAUUAGGUACAGAUAUAUAUUUAUUUAUACAUACAAGAUUUUCAUAAAAUAUUACGGAAUAUCGAUCAAGUUGAUCGAAAGUUCGUAAUUCCGUUCGUAAGUACUCUAUACACCUACAAAUGUUUUAGACACAAGUAGGUGCCUACCUAAUAAGUAGGUACAUUACCAGCUCAUUUCUGACUCCUCAUUCAAUCAAAUUUGGAGUUAAACCCACUACGCUGAGCAUUAUGUUCGAGUAUGUCGCAGUCAUCCAUUGAAAUUAGCUUAAUAAUUGGACUCACAGCCGUUCAUUAAAAGGCGGCAGCCAAUUAAAUGGAUCGGUCUAUAGUUGAUUGAACUAGAAUCAAUAUAGUAUAUCAGUCUGGGUAUUAAAAGUUAGCCUUUUGUAGAUGAGUAACCAAAACUAAGUGAAAAGAUUCAAAAUUCAAUAUCUGAAAAGAUAAGUUAACCACGAGUUCCACUCACUAGGCAGCUAAGUGCGCCCAAGAUAGUGCGCGCGUCUGGUGGCAGCGCCAGCUUUAGUGAUCUCUUUUACCUGCCAAGCGAUAGAUAGAGAUAGAUUACAAGAUGGCGGCACUUUUGAUUAGUUCCGAUUUUGCGCAAACUUAUCGUGCGAGCACUAUGAAAUUUUAACCUAUAAUAUGAGUACGUACCUAAAGAAUUUCUCAAAAGAAAGUGUGCAAUUGUGAUCGAUCUAUUGCAAUUUUAUUGCAAUUGUACCUAGACCUACUCAUAUAAUGAUUUUUUUCUUCCUUUUUACUACUCGUCUAUGAUGUGUAAUUGUAUCGUCAUUGUGUAUGGUAGGUAAGCCUGAAGGAAGUAAACCCCGAAAAUAAUAAUGUAAAUAUUCGUAAUAGAAUUAAGUCACCGAUUGAUGAAAUGAAAUGAAGGAUUUAAGUGAUCUUAGUCUACGCGUAGAUACUUAUGUAUAAUCGAAUCAAUAGGUAUUGUAAUUUGUUAAGAGCGAAUAAAUAUAAUAGUAUCAUCAAGAAACUGUUGUGAUUGUUAUAAAUAUAUUCGAAGUUGCAUUUUCAUUAAAAUAAAUUACAAAUAUAUUUUCCAUAGUGCUGCCAAAGAUUUAUAUUAUAAAAUAGAUUGUAGUCAUGUUGUAACGGUAUAUUUCGAGGUUGUAAGUGGAUUUUUGGAUUGUAUAUCGAUGUGAUGGAUGAAUGUAUGAUGAGUAUGUACAAUCGCCAAGUACGCUUGUGGCAGAACAUCGAAACGGUUGACGAAAGAUGUUUCUCACAGAUGGCGCCAUAGAUUUAUUAUAAGUACCUACUAGAGCCUGUACUAACGGGUAGUAUUUAUACUAAACAUGUGGCAUGUACAUGAUCGAAUACAUUACCAAAUAAAUUCGUACAAAAUA